AUGCAACAGUGGGCCGCCAUGACUGCGACUGCCGCACUCAUCUACGCUCUGACGCUGGUAUUUGUGGUGGCUGCUGGGGAUGAGCUGGAGCUGGAGCUGGAGCCGGACUACUCCAACGAGUACGACGAUGUGCGUCCCCACUUGGUGUAUCCGGAUGAGCCGCGGCUGGACACGCAAGUCAGCAAUGCAGCUCGGGACUUGGUGCAGAGCCUCAGCGAUGCCUGGCAGUCCAUGGUCGAGGAGCUCAAGAAACUAUUCAGCGAUGGAGGACGGGCCCAUGGCGAGCAUGAGCUGUUCUCCGGCUAA